AGCUGUCUAGAUGUCUAUGUCCUAAGACUUUACUCUCAGGAUAAAACUGGACUGAUACCUGAGUUUCUGUUCAUUCAGUCCCGCCUCUCUUCAGUUUACUGAUAUUGUUCAGUUCAACCUCAGCUGAUAGAGAUGCGCUGGCCGCUGCUGCUGCUCUGCUGCGCGGUGUGCAGCACCGAUGCCCGGGCUGCCCCUGACGCUGUGGCCGCCGGCAGCAGCCCGGGUCCCUCGGCGGGGCCGGAGCCCGUCGGCCCCGGCAGGACAGCUCCUCCUGCGGCCGCGGGGCAGGACAGCCCGCGGGGAGGCGAGGCUGCAGCCGCGGACCCGCUGGAGGACGAGGACGACAACCAGGAGAAUAUCAUCAGCCAGCUGCUGGGUGAUUACGACAAAGUGAAAACGGUGUCGUCAGGGUCAGACUGUGUGUGUCGUUGUGUCGUUCGACCAGUCAAGCGCUCUGAAUGCAGCCGCAUCCUUGACGUUGACCCGGAAACCCCGUCCCAGGCCUUUUACACCGUGGAGACAAUCACCAAGGGAACCGACUGUAAGAAGUGCGUCUGCAUGGCUCCUUCUUCAGCUGUCAACCCCUGCGAGGGAGAAUACAGGUUUAAAAAGCUGCAGGAUGCAACCAAAGACGACAUUAAGCUGGCAACGAUCAUGGACUUGUUGGAGGGCUCUCUGUAUGGGAUGGAUUUGUUAAAGCUUCAAUCUGUCACCACCAGACUGCUGACACGGGUGGACAACAUGGAGAAGAUUUUCACUGAAAAUCUUACCGAAAGAAUGAGAGAGAAAGAACGUGUUAAGGAAAAAGCUAAAGAAAAGGAAAAAGACAAAAAGGCUCAGUUGAAGAAAAAGAAAAUAGUGGAUGCAGGACUGAAAAGUGGAGCACUGGCCUACGCCCAAAAGCAGAAGAAUAAUGACGGUCAAGUUAAGAAAAACCAACAGCAAGAUGGUCUGGAGCAACAGCAGCCGGCGAGGAACGAGACAGAAACUCACAAACCAGCCAGAGACAAGAACAGUGUGGUCGUCAAGGGCGUAACCUUCUACAAAGCAGAGGAAGAAAGCUACAAGGAGAACAAAGAGCAUAAGAAAGGGCGAGGAAAGAAUAUCACCUUAACCACGAAUGCCUCAGCAGACUCACAGAUAUCUGACAAGGAGCCACUCACCAGGACGUUCCUCCUCAAGAACACAGCCCCUGCUCCAACAGAACACCACACGAGUCCCUCCAAGACUUCAAGCCAUUCUUCACCUGACCAUCAACCAACAGCUUCCUCUACAGCCAGCACGCAAAUCACCACAACCACCGGGAAACCUCCUCCUACCAGGAAACCUCCUCCUACCGUCAAACCAGCUGAUGAGUUCACCCUGACUACUCUGAAAGAAACAUCAACAUCCCAACCAACUACAUCUACCGGAACCGUCCAGCCCACCAUGCCUGUCACCCUGCAUAUGACCUCACCUUCAAAUACCAACGUCAGUGCAGCGGCUGAUGAAUCCCCAACCGCACUGCCCCAGUCAAAACCCAGAAGUCGACUCAGCUGGACGGAGAGUCCUGCUGACCAACCGAAGACCACCAAAAAGCCUGGAAUGUGUAAAGACACAGUAGCUAGUAUCUCUGAACCAAUCCAGCAGAACACUUACGGCCUAAAUGAAGGAACCUGGAUGAAAGAUGCUCGUGGCCAUGGCAACGUCAUCUACCUCACUAAUGGUCACUAUGGAAACAGUCUGCUGGAGUUCCGAGACAUGGAGACUUUCAAAUCAGGUCAGGCGAGUAAUACAUACAAGCUGCCCUACAGUUACACUGGAACAGGCCAUGUGGUGUUCAACGGAGCUUUCUACUACAACCGUGCGUUCAGCAGAGAUAUCAUCAAAUACGACCUGAGACACAGAUACGUGUCUGCCUGGACCACGUUACAUGAUGCUAUACUGGAGGAGCAGGUUCACAGGACACAGAGUGAAGUGGAAUUUGCUGUGGAUGAGUCGGGCCUGUGGCUGCUCUACCCGGCUCUGGACACGGAGGGUUUCCAUCAGGAAGUGAUCCUGCUCAUCCAUCUGCAUCCUCGAGACCUGCAGCCAAUACGAACCUUUCGUACGGGUCUCCGUCGUGGUCGCUAUGGCAACAGUUUCUUGGUAUGUGGCGUGCUGUACGGAGUGGAUAGCAUAGAGCGUUACUAUGCCAACGUGACAUACGCCUUUGACACGCACACGCUCACACACACCGUGCCGAGCCUGGCCAUCACAAACAUGCACACCCACACCUCCCAGCUGGCCUACUGCCCGCUGGACAAGAAACUGUACGCAUGGGAUAAUGGACAUCAGAUGAUGUACAGUGUCAUCUUUGCUUAUUAGGGUCAUGAAAGACACAAUUACAUCAACAUGGUUCAACCGUUAGAAGUGUCAAAGAGAAGAAAAAGAAAAGUGGACUGAAGAAAUAAGAUGAGUGACCAGAUUUUUCUUGGGUGUUUUGUUUCCAAAUGACUGUGGAUCAGUCAGUUGAUGCUCUGCCACGCAACCCAGAGCAACACCUGUUCAAGUGAGAAAUCAGAAACAUACAAAUGAAACCUUUCCUGUUAUUUACCUGCACCUUCAGAAAGUUCACCGAAUGUAACAUAAUACAUAAUGUUCAUGUACAUUUAUUUUUCUCAAUACCAAGCCUGAUACCUGGCUUUGGGUAUCGACCGAUACCAAGUACUAAACCAAUACCACUCUUGUUUUGUUUAUUUUUAUUUUUUUUAAUGACAAAACUAGGUCGUUAAUGUUUUUAAACUGACAUCAAAUAAAGACAAUCUUUUAAGUAACUAUAUUAUGGAAUUAAACUAAAGUGCAGCCACAAAAAUGUCAAAUAUAAAGGGAUUAAUGUUUUGAGAUCUGAACACUGCACUUCUUUUUGCUGACAUGAAAUAUAAUCAGUCUCUUACUGUUUUGAGAGAGCAGAUUCAAAAAUGUAUCCCAACCCGGAAAACUGUAUCACGGCUCCAGAUGUUCAGUUUUGGAGCAUCUUGACAUUUUUCAUCAAGAAAGAGGGACUAGUCCUCCAAGUGAAUAAAUUAUGAAGUUUGGGCCAUCAUUUCUCUGGUUUCUGGCUUGCUUUGGGAACUUUCUCUCAUUUUUGAAAGCUAAACUCUUGAAUUUGCUUGAUAAACUUGAUAAACAACAUGUAUGCAGCCUUGCAUCAUGAGCAUG